CCACUCCUGAGAGCGCAAGAGAGGACAGAAGUUAUAAGCGCUUGUCCUCAGAGAGGAAAACGCGAAAGGCAGCUAAUUCGCCUUCAUUUUUUGCAAGACUAUCAACACGUACACGUUUCGACGCGCGUUGUGGACAUUACGUUGGGGGAAAAAAAAGUUUUAAUUUCAUAAUGACUCUGGACACACGAGCUUUGGCGUGAUUGCCUAUUUCAGAAACGUUGAUGGAAUAAACGGCGCACUGCAGGGGAACAGCGUUUGUCAAGAAUAGCCUAACUGUGAUUUGCAAGUUUUGGUUUUAUGACUUCUUUUUUUUUUCUCCAUCUGUUCUGUUGGGAUCACUGUCGCUGGUCACUUUUUUUGCUGCUGAGUUUCUCGAUGGCGUAGGUGGCUGCGAGAGUUUUAAAAGCACUUUUUUGGACAAGGAUUUGAUAUCCACCAAGCAGAUACCCAUGGAUUAUAUGCGUUAAACAAAUCGGAAGGGUUUAACAAAAACAGUGAAAAACGGUCAUAAUCCUAUUUCGGAGAAGGGAAAUGCGGUGUGAAAACGGCGUCUAGAAGGAUGCUGCUGCUUGUACAAUGGAAGUGAAGAACUCUUUUGCUGUUGUUGCGGUGGUUUGUCUCUUCUUUUGCUCCAGUUUCAGCCAAGAACUCAACCCAAAAGGCAGGAAUGUAUGCAAAGCACCUGGAUCAUCAGGAUUUGUGUGCUGCAGUGGAUGGGGGCGGCUAGGGGAUGAAUGCCUGACACCUCUCUGCGAAGGCAACUUCACCUGCAACGAAAAUGAGGUGUGUGUCAGGCCGAAUGAAUGUCGCUGUCGUCAUGGAUACUUUGGAGCUAGCUGUGACACUAAGUGCCCUGCCCAGUUCUGGGGCCCUGACUGCAAAGGGAAAUGUAAUUGUUACCCCAACGGCCAGUGUGAUGACUUGACCGGGGAGUGUACCUGCAACCACAAUCGUUGGGGACCUAACUGCGAGAAUGCUUGCUUAUGCCAAAAGGGCAAGUGUGACCAAGAGACGGGCAAAUGCACAUGCCACCCUGGCGUCUGGGGUCCCCAGUGCAACAACAACUGCUACUGCAGCAUCAACUCUAUCUGCGAUGCAAUGACAGGGCGAUGCAUGUGCAACCCUGGUUGGACGGGGAGGAACUGUGCAAUCCAGUGUAACUGUAACAAUUCCCCAUGCGAACAGUUCACUGGACGCUGCCUGUGCCGGGAGAGGCUGUGGGGCCCACGGUGUGACCGUUACUGCCAGUGCAUCCACGGCAAGUGCAAUCAGGCGGACGGCUCAUGUACCUGCACACCAGGGUACCGUGGGAAGUUUUGCCGGGAACCAUGUCCUGCCGGGUUCUAUGGUCAAAACUGCAGAAACAGGUGUGGGCACUGCAAGGGCCAGCAGCCCUGUAAGGUGACAGAGGGACGCUGCAUCACCUGUGACAGAGGUUGGAAUGGAACACGGUGUGACCAGCUCUGCUCCAAAGGCUUCUUUGGCGAAAAUUGCCAGGACGUGUGUCCCACCUGUAAAGACGGCCACCACUGCGACCCCAUUCAUGGCAAAUGCUCUCACUGUAACCCUGGCUGGAUUGGGGACAGGUGCGAGGUGCGCUGCCCCAACGGCACAUAUGGCGAGAACUGCGAGAACAACUGCAGUCACUGUUUUAACGGCAUUUGUCAUGUCGUCACCGGAGAGUGCUUAUGUGACCCGGGAUUUUAUGGCACCUACUGCAAUAUGACCUGUACACCUGGCCAGUACGGAGUGAACUGCAACCAAAGCUGCUCUUGCAAUGACAAGAACUGUGAUCCUGUGUCUGGUGCCUGCUAUCUCCAGCCCAACCAGCGGAUGGGUGUGAUCGCGGCUGGAACCCUGGUCUCCUUUUUACUGAUUGUCCUGCUCUCGCUGCUGUGCUGCUGCUGCCUGUGUCGACACAAAGACGACCACAACAAAAAAGCCAAGCGGAUCCUGUGUGGACGAUUCAGCCGAAUCAGCACUAAACUUCCCCGUAUUCCACUGAGGCGACAGAAACUGCCCAAAGUAGUCGUAGCCCACCACGACCCAGAGAACACCUUCAACUGCAGCUUCAUCGAGCCCCCCUCAGUGGCCGAGCAGCCCUCCCCCUCCUCCUGGUCGUCCCAGGAGUCUUUCUCUUCCUUUGAGAGCGGAGACGAGGGGCCAGUUUACUGUGUGCCCCAUGAAGAAUCCGUGAACGAAAGCAAAGAGAAGCGCAGCCCCAGCCCAGCAACAGAGAAGCCAGAAGCUGUCCCGAAUGAGGAUGAUGCAGGGGAGUACACCUCCCUGAAAGACACCAGUGUCACAAAACCAGAAGGCAGCGAGCAGCCCCUGCUCAAGUCCUCUGACAGUGAAGGCUCCACCAGUGGCUCUGAGUCCACUACUGCAAACCUCUAUGCUCGCAUCGCCCGCCUCUCCAAGCAGUCCAAGGAGGAUGAUGGCAGUGGCAAGGAUGGGGAUGGCACUCCUACACCAGAGGCUAAGCGCAAUGGAAAGCCACCACCUUCACCUGGCAAGCCCAAACCACGGCCACCAGACCCAUCUACUAAGCCCAAAGUAUCGUGGAUACACGGAAAUACUACAGGGUCUCCGCAGCCAGAGCAACAGGGGCAUAGGGGUAUUAAGGCACUUGCAGUGCCAAAGGAGAAAAAUAGGAGCUCCAGCGAUGGCUCAGCUAAGAGCGAGGAGCGGCAGAAAAUGAAGGAGAGGAGCCGUGAGCAACAAAAGAAACAAGAGGGGAAGGAGGCAGACGCCAAUGGCUCCCCCAGCAAACACAAACCUCUGCGAGGUAAGAAGUCUGGGGACGAGCACAGCAGUCCCAGUCACAUGGAGCACAUCAAUGGUGUGGUUCAGAAUGCCCUCAAGAAGAUAAGUAGCUUCCACAGCUCCUCAUCUGAGAAAAAGAGUGCUGACAGUCCAAAGGAGACCCCCAAGGAGCCACCUAAGAGCCCCAAAGUCAUCCACCAUCAUAUGAACUCUGAGGCUGCCACUCUCCUGGCUGCUCAGCUCAAGGAGAAAACCCAAAGCAUCAACAGGAAUGAGGGGACAGGUCUGACAAAGACCAAUGGUCUCUCCACACCCAAGGGAAACCGUGAGAAGCCAACACCUCCACAAAAAGCCAAGAGGACCCCCUCCAGUGGAUUUAGCCAGCAGGGCUCCACCAAGCCCCUGCUGCCCACCUCGAGCAGCCUCCAGAAGAUGAUGGCACCCAUCGCCACCGACCUCGGGACCCCUGAAGCCAAGAGCCCGGAGAAGCAGGACUUGAACGGCUCAAGGCCAGGGGACCCAAUGUUGGAUCCUACACCAAAGAAGACUCCCAUAAAAAAGCCACCCAGGAAGAAAGGCAAGGAGGGUACGUUGGAUACAUCGGAAAGUAAAACACCCCAGCAAAAGACAGCCAUUAUGCCACCACAAGUAGUGAAAUAAGUGUUUUUAAAGACAAAUGACCAGUGUUUGUGAUGGAUUUCAAAGAGACUAAAAUGGAUUUUUUGGAAGGUGAAUCACAUGGUUUUUUAAAUCAAGCAAUUUUAACAGUUUUGGUGUGAGUAUGCUGCGACUUCAGGACCAGUCAAGAGUGAGAAAUGCAUUUAAAUUGGGGGCGCAGUUGAGUCAUAUAGGUGAGUUUCUAUUAUAAUGACGUCUAUACACCAUUGUAUUUCAUUUCAAGCAUCCUUUUUUGUGUAAUGACUAUGUCUCAAUCUCACACCACAACCUGUGGCGAAGCUGGACACAACUGUGAGAACAGUGGUGCACAGACAUCAUCGUUCAUUCAUCUCUAUUCCUCUGCAGUAUGUCCACCACUAUAUUUAUAUAUGGAUUGCUUUUGAGGUUGCAUAACUGUAAUUUGCUAUGCAGGUGUCAGAAAGAUAGAUAUUUUUUAUGUACGCUCUCCAAAGGUACUAAAGGUUCUAAAAAAUAACAAGGAAAUUAGAUCCUCUGAGGAUUGCAAGUUAUUUUGUUUGUGUUUGUUUUGUUCAUGGACCAACAUGCAUAAAUACAGUUCAAUAUCUGAAGCCACCCACUUCAUUUUGUAUGUCCAGGCACAAUUUUACAAUUCCAGUGUGUUUUGUUGGAGAACUUGUUUGGCAAAGAAAGCACCUUUUUAAGUUCCUACUAGAGCAGGUCAAGGUCAAGGAGUCUUAAUUUCCCCGAGGGGCAAUUUGUUGCCCCUCGACAGACACUAUCAAUAGAGGACACACAUAAAUACAUACUACACAGAAGUCCACAUCUCACAUUGAAUUAUUUACAAAGCCUUUAGCAGCAGGAACAAAAGAGUGUUUGUUUGUGUCUGUUUGUCCUGCAUUUACAUGACAUGGCAGAAUCAGUUGCCAGACGGCAACAACAUAAAGUAGCUGUUCAGGGGGUGGCUUAUAUCAGCCAGGACUGACUGGGCCUUCUUCAGGGUCUUUGUCUCAUAUAGCGAUUUUAAGUCAGUCAGAGAGUUGUGGGAAAUUUUGCCACACACUUUAGUUAUGUAUUGCAGCCUGUUUUUGUUUUUAAGAGUGAGGGACCCAAACCAGCUCACAAAGGCAAAAGAUAGAAUAGUUUCAAUAAAACAACAAUAAAACAUCCUCCUAAAGGUCUUAUCGACAUUAAAAUUGCGAAGUUUACGAUAAAAAAAACAUGUGCUGGUGUGAUUCUUUUACAGACAGCGUCAACUUGAGGCUUGAAGGCGAGUUUGUCAUCUAUUAUAAUACCAAAGUAUUUGUAUUGCUUCACUACUUUGAUAGCUU